CUCGAGUAAGUGAAUGCCAUUUUUUUGCGCCUAUUAUGAGACGGUACGCAUCCUAAAAAAUCUACACUAUCCUUUCGGACUGCGAAAUGGUCUUCCUUGCACUUUUUUUUCCCAUUGGUUUGUUGCUUUUUCGUAAUUCAUGAUUUUUAUUAUUUUUUCUUUGAAUGCACGAGACCAUUCCUCCCUCGUUUUCCGUCACAUUUAGCGAUACGGUAAUUUAUAAUAGGUCUUCCUCCAGCUUGUGCAGUUUUCCGCUUCAAUCUUGAAAAACUCCUGCCGGUAGUUUUCAAAUGUUUUUUUUUAAUGUAUUUGUGAGAUGCCUCGAGCAUAAUUCGCAUCUGAUACACAGAUGUUUCAGAAUGGAGACCAGCUUUUUCGUAGAGGAGAGAAAGACAAACAGCUGAAAUGGUACGAGAUGACUCGGAGGAGAAAGAGACGAAAAGCGCCCCAUCAAAUAGACCUUUUGAUAUUGUAAACUUAUUCGCGCCCGAUAAGCUGACGAAAAAGGAGACCAGUCUUACACAGUGGAGACCCUUCGUUUCAAAUAGACCAAAUAUGGGGCUAAUGGAACCGAAUGUACUUUCUGCAAAUGGUGGCAGACCUUAUCUUCCUCGCUUUUCAAGCCCAUAUACACCCGAUGCGUUCAGUCCAUUCCUUGGUUUGUCUCCUUUUGUACGUCUCCCGCCUCAGCCAUUCUUGGGCGACCGCAGAUUACCUUUUCCUUAUUGGCAAUCAACAUUCUUUGCAAACCCUUUCACAAACUCGUUCGUGCGUGUCGGAAAUGGAACAGAAAACGCGUUUAAACAGACUUUGCGUGGAACCACCCCGUCAAAUGUAAGCGAGAAGAAGAAACCCGAACAGGCGUACAACGGUCAAACGUUCGAUUGCCUCAACUGUAAGAAGGUUUUCAGCACACCGCAUGGUUUGGAAGUACACGUGCGACGUUCGCACUCUGGACAGCGACCCUUUGCUUGCGACGUGUGCGGGAAAACGUUUGGCCAUACAGUUAGCUUAGAGCAACACAAGAACAUCCACACGAACGAAAGAUCGUUCGAGUGUAAACAAUGCAAUAAGACUUUUAAGCGCUCAUCCACCCUCUCAACUCACAUGUUGAUUCACUCAGACACAAGACCCUUUCCUUGCGACUACUGCGGAAAAAGAUUCCAUCAAAAGUCUGACAUGAAGAAACACACAUACAUUCACACGGGAGAGAAGCCUCACAAGUGUCUGCAGUGUGGCAAGGCGUUUAGUCAGUCUUCAAAUCUUAUUACACACAGUCGCAAACACUCCGGUUUUAAACCGUUCGCUUGUCGCCACUGUGAUCGAGCAUUCUACCGCAAAGUCGAUUUAAGACGUCAUGCUUACACUCAUGAAAUGGACCCGCUAGCGAUGAAAGAUUCGCAGAAUAAUUUUUAGUGACAUUUUCUGCUUUUAUAAUCUGUUAAACUAAAAAUGCUAAACCAAGACAUGAUCUAAAUUUUGUAGAAAAAUUAACAAUAAUAAUUAUGAUGAAAUAAAAUCCAAAUAGUAGAGUUAAUGACCUGGUCUUAAUUCUGGAACACUUCUUACAAUGAAUUUGUUGCCACAGGAAAAAAAAGAGGAAGUUUGUACGUAAAUAAAUGUAGAGGAGAUGCUCCUGUGGUGUAUUUCAAAUAUAAUACAAAUCAAUCGUUCGUAUAAUACAAAUCAAUGGUACGUAUAAAAGCUAAGCUCUUUCUAAAUCAAAUUGUGUUUCCUUUUUUGAAAGCUUGUUAACCGUAUCGUCUGCUUAUAUUAAAAGGAAGAAAAUGUGUUGAAUAUAUUGAGGAUAUAUGCAUCAGCCUUUUAAUAAAAUGUGAUUUAAAUUCUA